AUGAGCAAGCAUAAACUCGACGACGAGGCCGCCCAGCUGGCCAAACAGGAGCGGAAGAGAAGGAAGAAAGACCGCAAGGCAGCCCUUCGCUUGCAAGAUAUCACGCCCUCUUCGACUGAGGCCACAGCCAACUCAACUCCAGUCCCGGAGGAUAAGGACAGUAAUAACACCAAUGGCGAUGGCAACGUUGCCCAAAAGCCUGUUUCAGCCCUCGAAACCCUCCGGAAAUCCGAAGUCGAUCAUUUCUUGAAAACACAGUCUGUGCAGGUUUUUGAUCCACAGAACACAAACGUCCAACCUAUCCUCGCGUUCUCGCAACUUCCCGAAGACUUAGCCUCUCAAUUCUCUGACAUCUUCUCCUCCUUUCAGAAGCCCUCGUCUAUUCAAUCCGCCGCUUGGCCCUUCCUCCUCUCCGGUCGAGACGUGGUGGGUGUGGCGGAAACAGGCAGCGGGAAGACCCUGGCAUUCGGCCUGCCUCUCGUCGUUCGUCUCACCUCUCUUGAGAAGAAGAAGGGAAUAAGAGCUGUCAUUGUGGCGCCCACGCGGGAACUUGCGAUCCAAGUGUUUGAACAAUUGGACAAUCUGAGCAAAACAACUCAGAAGCUCAAGGCGGCAUGUAUAUACGGGGGUACCAAUAAAGACGAACAGCGUCGCAGUUUGAAGGGGGCGAAUGUCGUUGUUGCAACGCCAGGAAGGUUAAAAGACUUCAUGUCUGAUGGCACAGUCGACGUGUCCAAAACACGAUAUCUGGUCCUCGACGAAGCAGACCGCAUGCUCGACAAGGGCUUUGAAGAUGACAUCAAACAAAUCAUUUCCCAAAUGCCAUCCUCAAAGAAGCGACAGACCGCAAUGUUUACAGCGACAUGGCCAAAAUCUAUCCGCGAGCUGGCGGCAACAUUCAUGCAGCAACCAGUUAAAAUCACCAUUGGCCGCGAGGACGCUGAUGACUCGGGCGAACUGAGAGCUAACCCACGCAUCGUGCAGAAAGUGGAAGUCAUCGACGGCUCUCUAAAGCAGCAGCGUCUUCUGCAGUUAUUGAAGCAGCACACCGCCGGUCAAAAACGCAAUGACCGCAUCUUGGUUUUCUGCUUGUACAAAAAAGAAGCCCUCCGCAUCGAGAACUUCAUCCGGUCGCGUGGGUUCAACGUCGCAGGAAUCCACGGUGACAUGUCACAGUCCGCACGCAUCGCCAGCUUAGAAUCAUUCAAAUCUGGCGCCACCACGCUCCUCGUGGCCACUGACGUGGCAGCCCGCGGGUUGGACAUCCCCGAGGUGAAACUCGUCAUCAACGUAACUUUCCCGUUGACCGCAGAAGACUACGUUCACCGUAUCGGUCGCACUGGCCGCGCUGGCAAGGAUGGCCUUGCGAUUACUUUCUUCACCGAACAGGAUAAAGGUCUGGCGGGCUCGCUGAUCAAUGUCUUGAAAGCCGCGAAGCAAGACGUCCCAGAAAACCUGCUGAAGUUUGGCACCACGGUGAAGAAGAAGGUUCAUAGUGACUAUGGUGCUUUCUAUCGGGAAGCGGAGGAAGGAGAGAAGAGUACCUCGACGAAGAUUACGUUUGACGAUUGA